AUGUUGGACAGUGAGAGGAAGAGCCUAGUGUGGGACAUUAGGAAGAGCCUACUCACUUUGUCAGCGGAUGAACUCUUUCAAAUUGCCAAAAUGGUGGGUCCAGAGCCAGACAAGGACCAGUCUGCCAGAAGAGGGAGAUCUCGAGGGUUGCUUCGAACACAUCAGCUCUUUCAUGAACAGUCAGCGUCUUCUUGAGUUAGAGGACAACGGUAUGGUGGAUUUGUUGAUGUUGAAGGACACUGUUGAUAAUGUUGUUAAGUGUCAGGACGGGGUAGUAUUUGAUAUAACUGUUAAUGAUGAUGCCAAUGUUCAUGACACAGUCACUAAUGACCAACCCACUGACACUACUCAUGCUCCAACUAAUUCAGCUAGGUCAACUCACUUUAGUGACACAGACAACACAACUGCAGUAAAUACAAACCAAACUGUUCCAGUAGUUGAAAACACCAGUGGCGCUAUGGCUAGUUCAGUGGGGCCCACACCAAAUAGUGAACUACAGAAAAUGCUGCAAAGCAAUGAGGAGCUUAGUAAGAAACUUAUGCAGUGUAUUACCACACCUACUACACAGUCAGUUUCUUCACAGCCCUCAGUAACACAAUCAGCUGCACAGAACAGAGAGACAUUAUACAGUAGUGACCAGUACAAACCCAGUACUCUCCAACCACGUGAGAAGGUGAUUUCCAUCAGAGAACUCUCAUACCUCCAACGUAGAGAAUUCAAAAUUCAGGGAGGUCAAAUCGGUGAUCACAACUCAGACAUCACCUACAGUAAUGUGUGCAAACAGAUCGAUGAAGGAAUUCAAGAGGACUUCAGUGACUCAGAAAUAGUAAGGGCUGUGCUAAGGAUAAUCAAACCAGGCAACUUUAAAGACAUGUUGAUGAAUAAAGAUGAUGUGACUGUGGCAGAACUUAAAGGAUUCUUACAGUCCCAUUUAAGGGAAAAGAAUAGCACUGAACUAUUUCAGGAGUUGAUGUGCACUAAACAGAACAAUAAUGAGACUCCACAACAAUUCCUCUACAGAGCAAUUGGACAGAGAAUAGUGUUUACAUCUAACCUUCCUGAUGCAAGCAUAAAAUACAGCAGAGCUACAGUCCAAGAUGUCUUCUUACACACAGUGUAUCAGGGACUGGAACACAGACACAAUGAUAUCCGCAGGGAACUAAAACCUCUUCUCUCAGAUGCUGAGGUGAAAGAUAAGACAAUUCUCAGACACGUGAUGAAAAUAACUACUGAGGAAAGUGAGAGGCAGCAGAGGUUAGGCCCAACACCCCACCAAACCCAAACUAAUGUUCGCAGUGCACAGUUUGGCGCCAGUACAACACAAGAACAGGGUGCUAAGCAACAGAUCACCGAACAUGCAGCUGGAAUGGACAUAAUACAACAACUCUCAGCCAAAAUUGAGGCACUCACCAGAGUAGUAGACUCAAUGAAACAACCCAUACAGCCACUGAAAACAGAGCAGACGUGCCAGUUCUCGACGAGGAACAUGACUAACCCAAGAAGGGAGAGAACUAAUGGCUGUCCUAGAUGUGUGGAGCAGGGCCUGUCUAAUUGUAACCAUUGCUUCUACUGUGGUGAAGAAGGUCACAGGGCCGUAGGUUGUCUCAAAAAGCCCAAGCACCAGGGAAACUGGAGCCGGUCGCUGCAGGGGGCGCCCAGUGAUCGGGUCUCAAACGUUCCAGCCAAAUGGUGUCAGUGGAAACCAGACUCACACAAGAAGCAUCACUAAGACUAACAACUCACCAUCUACUUCUCCAGUGGUAGCUUGUGCAAAAGGGAGAAAUGGACAGAGGGGGAUCUCCACCGAGUUACCACAGGAACCAUUGAACACCAGAAAUGAACAAGUCGCGAGAUUAAUUGGCAGAAAAGCCAUAAUCCAAUGUUACCUGGAUGGGCUAGCGGUGCAUGCUUUGCUGGAUACAGGGGCUCAAGUCAGUAUGAUCGACCGGUCCUGGAAAAGCAAACACCUACCUCAUUUUGAGACCCGGCCAAUUGCUGAACUGAUGAAAGAUGAUGAUGAACUGGAAGUGUAUGCAGUGAAUGGACGCCUGAGAGUAGGCCAACAUGACAUUGUCAUUCCCGCUGGCCAGGUUGCCUGGAUAAAGUGCAGAGUUCCAUCCAACAUGGAUCCAUCUGACCGCCUUGUCUUGUUUGAACUAGAUGAAGACAACGUAUCAUUAGAACAGCUAGAUGUGGGUGAAGGCUUGCUUGAUGUCCAAAACCAGAAGCGACCAUAUUUAGCUGUGCCAGUAGGGAACAAUACAAAACAUGACAUCACCCUGCCACGAAAGACAGCUCUGGGUAAUAUUCAACCAAUCGCUAAAGUAGUUGAAACUUACUCACCUGACCAGGACUCAAAAGACCGCUCGAAACAGAACGUGACAAUCAACAGUGCCACUGCUCCAUCUACUGGUGAAAGCCCAUCAUUGUGGCACCCACCAGUUGAUACCAACCACCUGGAAGAAGAACAGCGAGAGGCAGUAAAGAAAAUGUUAUAUGAGGAGUCAGCAGCUUUCGCACAAGAUGGUGACGAUACAGGCUGUAUUCCGAGUCUGCAAAUGUCGCUCAAUCUCAAAGAUCAUAUUCCUGUUCCGAGAGCAUACUCCUCUGUGCCAAAGCCACUACUCAGGGAAGUCAAGGAGUGCGUCCAGGACCUUCUGGCAAAGGGAUGGAUAGUGAAAUCCAAGUCUCCUUACUCUGCCCCCAUGGUGUGCGUUUGAAAAAAAGACGGAACGUUACGCCUCUGCAUAGACUAUCGUCUGUUAAACCAAAAGACUGUUGCUGAUCGACAUCCGCUACCCAGGAUCCUAGACUUGACUGACACCCUUGGUGGUUAUUCCUGGUUCAGCAUCUUGGACCAGGGAAAAGCCUACCAUCAGGGUUUUGUCGACCAGAAAUCCAGACAUCUCACGGCUUUUAUCACGCCCUGGGGCCUCUACGAGUGAGUGCGUAUUCCCUUUGGCCUUUCUAAUGCGCCUGCAGCCUUUCAGAGGAGUAUGGAGGAGAUGCUUGGCUCCCUUAGGGACGAGUACUGCAUUCCAUAUCUCGAUGACGUCCUCUGUUAUGCAAGGUCUUUUGAAGAGCAUGUUGAGGGAGUCCGCAAGGUCCUACAGGCCCUUCAGCGUCAUGGAGUAAAAGGCCCGAGAAAUGUGAACUCUUCCAGCGUGAGGUCCGUUACGUGGGACGACUGGUAUCUGCGGAAGGAGUGAAAAUUGACCCAAAAGACCUGGAAGCGGUGCUGUUGCUCAAAACCAAGACACCACAGACAGUGGGUGAUAUCAGAAGGGUCCUUGGUUUCCUAAGCUACUACCGAUCCUACAUUCAGGAUUUCUCACGGAUUGCAAAGCCUCUUUACGAGUUGCUGCAGGUGAAACAUGGAAUGUCAGGGACUCCAAAACACAGAGGGAAAUCCAAGGGACCCCAACUGUCCUUUAGGGCCCCUGUGGAAUGGUCGAAAGAACAUCAAGCAACACUAGAGCGACUCGUGGACAUGCUCACAAGCCCACCUGUGUUGGCAUACUUCAACUUACCGUUCGUACUGCAUACUGAAGCAUCAGAGCAGGGCCUCGGGGCUAUCCUUUACCAGCAGCAAGAUGGGAAGUUGAGGGCCAUUGGUUAUGGAUCGAGAACUUUGACACCUGCUGAGAAAAAUUACAAUCUACACAGUGGGAAGCUGGAAUUUCUUGCCUUGAAAUGGGCAGUGUGCGAGAAGUUCAGGGAUUACCUGUACUAUGCCCCGCAUUUCACGAUCUAUACAGACAACAACCCCCUCACCUACAUCAUGAGCACAGCAAAGCUAAAUGCUGUUGGACAUCGUUGGGUAGGAGAACUCGGUGAUUUCUGAUUUGAUGUGAAGUACCGGCCUGGGAAGAUAAACAUUGAUGCAGAUACAUUGUCUCGCAUCCCGCUGGAUAUGGAGAAAUACAUCACAACCUGCACUGAGGAGCUAUCCCAAGAUGUUGUGUGUACGACCUGGGAGGGAAACAAAGCGGCUCAGAGAAAGGAUGUUGCCUGGAUCGCUGCCUUGCAUAUCGCUUCUCUUAACACAAGCCAAGAGCCGCGGACACUCCUGCCAACAAUAAGUCACGAUGAGCUUGUUUGAGCUCAGGGAGAAGACCCCACCAUCGGAGAGGACGUGAGGCUCAAAGAGACAAGCGCAGUCCCUACUGAUGAGACACGGAGAGCAACAAAUCUACUCACCAGAAAACUCUUACACGAGUGGAACAAACUACACCUGGAAAAUGGGCUCCUGUACAGACGGACUGAUGAAAGACAGCAGCUUGUCCUGCCUGCAAAAUAAAAGCAUGUGGCAUUGAAACAUCUUCACGACGAGAUGGGGCAUGUGGGAACUGAGAGAGUGAUCCACUUGGCUAGGGAACGGUUUUAUUGGCCUUACAUGAAGAGAGAGAUGGAGGACUAUGUCACAAGAAAGUGGCCAUGUAUAAAACAAAAAAAACCUGUCACCCACACGCGUGCCCCCAUGGGUAGUAUAACCACUAGCUCCCCUCUAGAGCUUGUAUGUGUCGACUACUUACAUCUUGAGACCAGUAGAGGAGGCUACCAAUACAUUCUAGUGGUAGUUGAUCAUUUCACACGAUUUGCCCAAGCAUACGCCACCAAGAACAAAUCCGGACGGACUGCGGCAGAGCGCAUAUAUAAUGACUUCAUACCCAGGUUUGGUUACCCAUCGAAACUGCACCACGAUCAGGGUCGUGAGUUUGAGAACGAGUUGUUUCAGACGCUUCAGAAGCUGUCAGGGGUUGGUCAUUCCAGAACGUCGCCAUACCACCCACAAGGCAACCCAGCUGAGAGGUUUAACCGCACCCUACUGCAGAUGUUGCAAACGCUGGCAGACAAGGAGAAAGAGCGUUGGAAGGACCAUCUCCCACAAAUUGUACAUGCGUACAAUUGUACCCGACACGAGUCCACUGGCUACUCGCCCUAUUUGCUUUACGGCCAUCAUCCACGCCUGCCAAUCGAUCUGUUAUUUGGCCGGAUGGGGGAGACAGACUUAGUCUCACCCAAGGGAUAUGCACAAAAGUGGGAAAAGAGAAUGUCUGAUGCUUAUCAGAUUGCAAAUGAGAACAGCAAGAAGUCAAGUGCUAGAGGCAAGUCCUAUUACGACAGCAAGAUGAAAGGAGCAGUCCUGCAGCCCGGAGACAGAGUGCUGGUAAGGAACCUCAACGAGCGAGGAGGGCCCGGAAAGCUAAGCCUACUGGGAGAAGGCCAUAUACAUAGUCAAGGAACAGGUAUCUGAAAAUCCUGUGUACGUUGUCUAUCCAGAGGCUGGAGAUAAGCUGAAAAGGAGAACUCUACAUCGCAACCUGUUGUUACCUGUGAGCGACCUACCUGUUGAAACUCCUCUUUGUCAGGAGAAGUCAGCACCUGAGACACGACAGAGGAAAAUGCAUGCAAGAGUCAGUGAUUUGGAGGAACAGACAGAUAAGAGUGACAACUCAGACGAUUCAGCGGAUGAACAGAGCACUGGAGGCUAUUGGCUACGUAUACCAAUGAGCAGAACACAGAGAGGUUCAGUCCAAGUGCCUGACAGACCUGGUUCAAGCCAGAGAGGAUCAGCCCAAGGAUCUGUAAGAGAUGAAACCUGGGGUGAGAAUGAAUACUUGCUUGAUCCAGUUACAGUACCUACAAGGGAAGAGCAAAGACAAACACAACUCACUGAGAAUGAAUACUUACCUGAUCCAGUUUCAGCACCUGCAGGAGACGAGGAAAGACAUACAGAAAGAACGCAUGAAAAUGCACACUUACCUUGGUCAGUCCAAACAGAAGCAGGAAAUGGACACGAAGAGAGACCAGUGACCCCACUUCCAGCAAACAUACACACAGAGAUUAGGCGAUCUGCUAGGGAAAGAAGGCCGAGGAACAUGUUGACCUAUGACACACUUGGCCAGCCUUCAUUACAACCGAACCCUACAGUUAACACAGUCGGGGCAUACAGUGCAUCUUACUUACCAUUAUGGGGUACACCUUACCAUUUCCCACUGACAUACCAACCUGCAGCGUACAUGACACCAACAUAUACAUGCCAUACAUUACACCUGUUUACUGAUUUUAAAGGGAGUUUCUGAUGUGGAGAGAAAUUGUGAGUUAUAUGUAUUUUGAUGUUAGUUUGGAACUUUUGAAUUUUUGGAAAUGUCAGGAGCAAUUUUUUUACUUUGUCGGGGAGUGUGUGACACCCACCAAUGUGCUUUCACAUGUGAAUUGGUGUGUUUUGGGUUAUGUAAAGCCAAUAUGGUUUAGAGUGAGCAUUGUAUAUGCUAGAAAUAUAAUCAUUUUAUAAAGGACCGACGUGCUUUCACUGUGUAUGGUGUGUGCAUUCCACCCUGUGGCCAGCAGGGGGCAGGGUGGUGCUUUUUGCUUUGAUUUGGGCAGGCGUUACGACAGUAGAGUUAGACUACAACGGCACGAUGCUGUUUCCUCAUUCUGACGAGCAGGCGAGAUGAACAGACGUAAAAUUGCCCGGUGUCAUUUGUGUGUCCUGUUUACAGAAAUUUAUCUGGCUAUUUGGUACCAAUCCUGGUACCUGUAACAAAAACAUGUGACAAAUGUCUUAAAAUUUAAUCUCAUGAAUUUUAGAUAUAUAAGACAUUGUCUAACCAUGCAAGCGGCAAAAUUGUAUUUUAAUGCAAUGAUUAUCCCCCAUCUGACCUACUGCUUAACCAGCUGGGCACAAGCCAGCAGCACAACAUUAAAAUCCAUUCAUAUUCUCCAUAAAUAA